UCGUUUACUCGAAUAUUUGUUUCUCUCCCGAGUCACUCCCUAUGCCCAAACAUUCCUUUAAGUGUCUAUAUUCAAGUACCCAAGCUACCUAGUUAGGAGGGAAACCCCGUCAUCGUUGCGAGCACCAUGAAGUUCUCGAGCCUCCCCGGCAUCACCGUCCUCGUUCUAUACGCCUCUUGCACAAUAGGAAUACCACUCCAGGUCAACGCGAGCAGCACCGCUGAGGAUACCGUCUGCUCCAUACAGAGUUUCAAAGAAUGCAUCGCCGACACGGGACGAGAUAACAGCCUCUGCUUCAAGCAGAUGUGCGUCGGCGCGAACGGGGCGGAGUUACGGCUGGCCAAACGCCAGGACACAUGUACCGAGGAGAAUCUGCUCCAAUGCGCCGUGACGGAAUGGCGAGAGGCGGAAAUAUGUUUCCAGGAAUUAUGUCUGUAGCAUCCUCUGCAUGUCGCGCCGGUCAGUAGGGUAGGACGUGUCUCAAGUCAAGUUCCCUUCAGAGACUUAAAGAUAGGCGAUGCAAUACGACGAUAAGCUCGCCAAUCAUUCUCACGUCGGUCGAUUGGUAGAUGCCCACUACACGACAGUAUUUCCCAAUACUCAGGUCCUCCCAAACUCCGAUAUCAAAGGAGACUAUGCCAUGGGACAUCAAUUGCUAUAUCGCGGCUAUCCAAGUUAUCGACGAUUAGGGUUCGCUCAUUUGGUUCAUGAUUGUAUAUUAGGCGAUUUCAAUGCCUUGUUGUAUAUUAUAGUGGUCACGAUUUUAUGUAUGAAGCGGGUACGAUAUAGCACUCACACGUUGUAUGUUCGAAUA